AAAUAAAUCCAGAGGAGAAUGAAUGUCACAGUUGCUGCAUGUUACUUUUUUCAAGUGAAUUUGUGUAUGCUGUGUUUUUUUGUUCUUUUAAAUGACAGCUAUCAACACAUUUGUAUCAAUGUGUUUUCAAAUAUUUCUGAGAAAAAAAAAAAGAAUGGGAAACUUUUUUCAACUGCAACUUUUUGUAUACAACUUUUUUGCCUGACCCAAAAACUUCUGCAUCAAUUUUGUCAAAAUUAAAAAAAAAAUCUCUUCAUGUCAUGGUUUGCAUCCUCACUGCUACUGUAAUGAAAUGUGCACUGUCUGGGAAUAAAUGUGUCUAUUUUGGGUCUGAAGUGUUGUUUCAUUGCAUAAUCUAGAUUCUGCUAAACAAACCAGCCUGAUGAUUCUUCCCCUGUGAUGUGUUGUUUUGCCCUUCAGCACGUACCAACUGGUUUAUCAGCCAGUGUCUGACUACAUGUUUAGGAAUUCCUCUCCCAAUCUGAUAUCAUGACCUAAAAAUGUUUGGAUGUCCCUGGUGCUCAUCAGACCAGCUGACACAGAGGAGGGAAACGGGCUGAGGUGACUAUAAAUGGACCAAACUGUUUGACGAUCUGCUUUUUGAACAGAGCAACAAGAAGAUGGCCGUAGAACUUUCUGUGGUCAGUGUGGGAGCUGUCCUCUUACUUGUGCUGCUGUUGUUGGCACUGAGCGGUGUUUUUGAUCAGAAGAGCAGAGCUGAAAAGGACGACAAGGAACAUGCCCAUUCUGGAACUGUCCCAAAAUGUCGCUCUGAGUUUCUUCCUCGUUCCUCAUCUCCAUCCAUCCCAGGUCCUCGUGGUUUCUUUCUUAUUGGGAACAUGAUGGAGCUGGCACACGACCAUCUGCCCAUUCACCUGACUCAGUUGGCACGACGCUACGGGAACAUUUAUCGUCUUAAAUGUGGAAACACAACCAUGGUGGUGCUGAGCAGCAGUGACCUCAUCAGAGAAGCACUGGUGAAGAAAUGGUCUGACUUUGCUGGGAGACCAAUAUCAUACACAGGUGAUAUUGUGUCAGGUGGAGGGCGCUCCAUCUCUCUGGGGGACUAUACAGAGGAGUGGAGGGCACAUCGUCGUCUGGUCCACGGAGCUUUGCAGCGUUGCUGCCACCAAUCUUUGCAAGAAGUGAUCGAGAAACAGGCGCUGCAUCUGCGACAGGUUUUGAUGGACUAUCAGGAGAGGGCCGUGGAUCUUGCGGAGGAUUUCACAGUGGCUGCCAGUAACGUCAUUACCACAUUGGCUUUUGGGAAAGAGUAUGACAAGAGUUCCACAGAGCUGCAGCAGCUGCACUGCUGUCUGAAUGAAAUAGUCGGCCUGUGGGGCUCCUCCUGGAUUUCUGUGCUGGACUCCUUCCCACUGCUCAGGAAAUUACCAAACCCUGUGUUUUCCCGUCUUCUGAAAGAAGUAGCCAAGAGGGAUGAAAUAAUACAACAUCACCUCAACAGUUACAAAUCGCAUGGCAAAAAGGAAGGCACCAUUACACAGUCUCUCCUCCAGGGAGUGGACGAACAGAACACCCGAGAAGACGGAGAGCAUCUCACAGAUGUUCAUGUUCACAUGGCCACUGUGGAUCUUAUCAUUGGGGGAACAGAGACUGCUGCAGCCUGGCUCAACUGGACCAUAGCCUUCCUUCUGCACAGACCAGAGAUACAGACCAAAGUAUACGAGGAGCUGUGUACUGUACUGGAGAGCCGAUACCCAAAGUACAGUGACAGACACAGACUUCCUGUUCUCUGCUCUCUGAUCAGCGAGGUUCUCAGACUCAGGCCGGUGGCCCCACUGGCUGUUCCACACAGAGCCAUCAGAGACAGCAGCAUUGCAGGUUACUUUAUCCCCAAGAACACUGUCGUCAUUCCUAACCUUUUUGGAGCACACCACGACCCUGCGGUUUGGACCGACCCGUACAGCUUCAGACCAGAGCGCUUUCUGGAAGGAGGCGGAGGCUCCAACCGGGCCCUCAUCCCAUUUGGAGGCGGAGCUCGGCUCUGCCUGGGAGAGUCUGUCGGUAAAAUGGAGCUCUUCUUAUUCACCGGCUACUUGUUGAGAGAUUUUGAGUUUAUCCUCCCUGUGAGUGAGACUUCACUGCCUGAGCUGAGAGGAAUUGCCACUGUUGUGCUCAAAAUCAAAUCCUACAACGUCAUUGUACGACCAAGACCUGUGGCUAGUUCCUGAUCUGCAGGGGGAACACCGCAGUACUCAAACGGUCCUACUUCAGUACUGCCAGUAUUACCACUAAUUACAGUUACACAUAUCAAACCAGUUCAGAUAAGUGAUGAAAAAUAUUUAUUCCUAACAACAUACGCUAUAUGUCGAAUGUGUCAAAGCUACAAUGUACUAUGAAGUAUUGCCGUGGUGGGUAUUUAAAUUACGGUAAAAAGAACAGAGAGAGAGAGAGCAUGCCAGAUUAUAGAACACCUGUGUUUUUAACAACUAAAUGAAUCAUUAAAUUCUAAUAGAAAGCA